AAAAAGAAAGAAAAGAUGCGCUGAAAUAUCCCACAGCCCGAGCCUUCUCGUUCAUCAAUGUGCGUGAGAUGACAUUGAGGAUACCUUAGCAGGACUGUGAGCUUGGCCAUCAUUUGCAGGAAAAUGCAUCUCUGGAUCCCUUACGUUCUGCUAAGUGCAACGUCGGUGUGCAUUGUUGAAAUGUUUGGCCAUUAUGGAGAAAUAUGUGAAGGACUCUGUGCCUGUGAGGAGAGAGAGGGGAUACUUACGGUGAGCUGUGAAAACAGAGGGAUUGCAAGUGUCUCAGACAUAAGUCCUUUGCACUUCUCCCCGUAUCAUCUGCUGCUCACUGGAAAUCUUCUGAAAAAGCUAUCGACCAAUGAAUUUGUCGAGUACAAAGGACUUACAAUAUUGCAUCUGGGAAAUAAUGAAAUAUCUGAUGUUGAAGCGGGAGCUUUUAAUGGACUACAGGGAUUAAAGCGAUUGCAUCUCAACAAUAACAAAAUCGAUGCCUUGAAGGAAGAGAUUUUCUUUGGCCUUGAAAGUUUGGAAUACCUACAAAUUGAUUAUAAUUACAUUACUCAUGUGGUGCCGAAUACCUUCAGCAGACUUCAUCAUCUGGAGGUCUUGAUUCUAAAUGACAAUCUGUUAUCGACUCUGCCUGCGAACAUCUUCCAGCACGUACCCUUGACUCAUUUAGACUUGAGGGGGAAUCAGCUCAAAGUGCUUCCCUACACAGGUCUGCUGGAGCACAUGAACGGCGUGGUGGAGCUGCAGCUGGAGGAGAAUCCGUGGAACUGCUCCUGCGAGUUGAUCGCCCUCAAGACUUGGCUGGAGAGCAUAUCGUACACAGCUCUGGUCGGGGAUGUUGUUUGCGAGUUCCCUUUUCGGCUUCACGGGAGAGAUCUUGAUGAGGUUUCAAAACAAGAACUGUGCCCGAGGAGAGCCAUCGCUGAAUAUGAGAUGCCACCGCUGCCACAUUUGAGCACCGAUGCAUACUACAGGACGACGCCGGCUCUCGUUACAGCUUCGCUCACUUCAUCUGGAAUUGCACGGUCUUCAUCAAGACCCACCAAGGGACCUCGCCAGUCAGCUAAAUUAAAAUCCAGACCAACUGCUCGCGUCCCAUCUAACAAACCACAGAACUACGGCCAAAUCAUUUCAUAUCAGACCAAAUCCCCCGUGCCUUUAGAUUGCCCGACUGCCUGCACCUGCAAUCUUCAAAUUUCAGACCUUGGCCUGAAUGUGAACUGCCAGGAACGAAAGAUCGAACAUAUUUCCGACUUAAAUCCUAAACCUUACAAUCCAAAAAAGAUGUAUCUCACAGGGAAUUACAUUCCUGUGGUCCGGAGAUCUGAUUUUAUCGAGGCAACUGGAUUAGACCUGCUUCAUCUGGGCAACAAUCGAAUAUCUCGUGUACAUGACCGAUCUUUUGCCGAUUUGACACAUCUAAGAAGACUGUACCUUAACGGGAAUUUGAUAGACCAUCUCACAGCCGAUAUAUUUUAUGGAUUAGAGAGCCUGCAGUUCUUAUAUUUAGAAUACAACGUCAUUAAAGAGGUUACCUCAGACACUUUUCAGCAUGUACCUAAACUCCAGCUUCUUUUUCUCAACAAUAACCUGCUGAAAACUUUACCUGAGGGCACUUUCAACGGUCUGACAUUAGCCAGACUGAAUCUUCGCAACAACCACCUGAGAUAUUUGCCAGUGAGCGGUGUACUAGAUCAGCUUACAGCGCUGGUGCAAGUCGAUUUGUUUGAGAAUCCCUGGGAUUGCUCCUGCAGCAUACUGGAGCUGAAGAUGUGGCUCGAGCAGCUUAGCACAGGCACGGUUGUAAACAAUGUCAUCUGCGGCUCCCCUAAGAGACUAGCAGGAGAGGAUAUGAGAUACAUUAAGACAAGUAAUUUCUGCCCUAAUAACUCUGAUAUACUAGCUUCUAUGAUCCCGCCCUCUGAGGAAUAUUUCCCUGGCAGCACUGUCACCAUAGAAACAUUUUUGGACUCUGACACUCAUUACAGCACCAUCCCUUUAUCGGUGAUGAUCCUUGCUCUUCUCCUCAUGUUCAUCAUGUCCGUGUUUGUGGCUGCGGGAUUAUUUGUGGCGAUGAAAAAGAAACGUCAAAAGAGCCAGAACGAGCAGAACAACUCGAUGAAUGCCUGCAUCAGCUCCCUCAAUAUGGAAUAUGGCCUGUACAAAAAGGGAACCAUUCCCAAAGUCAGAACAUCAGCUGGACAUGUGUACGAGUAUAUCCCACCUCCCACCGAGCCCGCAUGCAGAACUACUGCUCACACCCCGAACGACAAUAAAUCAGUGGAUGGAUUUAGAGACUUUGAUGAGUUGAGUGGUGCUUUUCUGGGUAACUCGGAUGAAGAGGGAGCCAGUAAUGUAAUAAGCUCAGAAUACAGUGCCACCACUCCAGAGCCUCUUAACAAGCCCUCCACCCCACACCGAGAUGAUCCGUGCUACUACAGAGAUGUACUUGAGGCUGACAAGCGAACGCGCUACAGCAGUACAUUACCGUGCAGGCAUGCAGCACAUUCAUCCACUCAGUAUACCUCAGACUUUGAUGCAAGGCAUCAGUACGUGCAGCCGGAGAGAAUCCAGCAGACGAUACUCUACUGCACAGCACCAAGUACUGUUUACGUGGAGCCCAACAGGAGCGACUACUGGGAACUGAAAGCGAAGCUUCAUAUUGAUCCGGAUUACCUUGAGGUUCUUGAAAAACGAACUACAUUCACACAGUUUUAGGAGUUCUGACCUUCAGCUGGUCAGGCUGGACACGUCUGUGCAAAGUUUUUUUCAGGAAUCACAAAAACAAACUGGUGUAUUUUUCUCAAGUUCUCAAGGUGCAGUGCAUUGUGAGCAAAGAAAUGUU